AUGGUACAGUUGCUUGGCAAGAAUAAAUUCCACAAGUCCCAUCAUUUCGAUGUCUCCAAUGAUGUGGCCAUGAUAGUGGGCCAUGAAAAGCCAGGAAUCGGUGGAGAACCGCUGAGAGGUCAGAAACUCAGACCAAAAAACAGCAACUAUCCAAGAGGGGAAGGCAGUAACCUGCCUGCCUGGGUUGCUUUUGAUAGACAGGUCCUCUGUUUUGACGCUUAUUUCCAAGAAGCUGUCUAUGAGAAGAGGGAGGAGCAAUAUCGUGUUAGGAAUUGUAAAAUCUACUUUUAUUUAGAGGAUGACUCUCUUCAAGUGAUUGAACCAAGAGCAAAAAACAGCGGUGUUCCACAUGGCACACUUAUUAGACGACACAGAAUUCCAAAACCACCGCCACACGAUGAUGAAUACUACACAGUUGAAGACUUCAACAUCAACAAAGAAAUAAACCUCUACUCAAAAGUAUUCAAAAUCACAAACCGUGAUGAGUUCACAAGGAAUUUCUUGAAGAAACUUGGAGUCCGCAUGCCUGACCUCGUAACGGCUCCAUCAGACCCCUAUACCAACUACAGGAAGGCUAUGGUUGAGUAUAUGCAGCCUCUGCGCCCAUAUGAGAAGCACGAUACUCUCAAGCAGUUCCUGGACCAUGACAGACACGUGCUGAGGUUCUACUGCUACUGGGACGACUCCAAGGCCAUGUUUGGCGACCCAAGAGAGAUGGUCCUGCAUUACUUCCUGGCUGACGACACUAUUGAGAUUAGAGAGGUCAUUCCUCCGAAUUCUGGUCGUGACGCUGCCCCCAUGUUCCUGCGUGAGGCCUUAAAGCAGCCUGGCAAGGUCACAGACAGGACUGUGCUGAACGUGUUUGGACCCACUGGACAUGGCGGGCGAUACAUCCUGGACAGUCUCAAGACCGGAGCCAGCCCCACAGAGUUUUACAAAGACAGUGAUGAUGAUGAUAGAGAGGAUGAAGCGAUGACAUUUCUGAAGAAA